CCUUGGCAGGUGUUGGUUUGCUGGAGAGAUAGUGAAUUAUCCUAAUUUCUCCUGCAUUCCUUUUCAGGGGCCAAGUCAGGAAUAUGGCAACGCUAAAAGACAUCACCAGGCGUUUGAAGUCCAUCAAGAACAUCCAGAAGAUCACCAAGUCCAUGAAGAUGGUUUCUGCAGCCAAAUAUGCAAGAGCUGAGAGGGAGCUGAAGCCUGCGAGAGUCUAUGGAACAGGAGCUCUGUCUCUUUAUGAGAAAGCAGAAAUAAAGGCACCUGAGGACAAGAAGAAGCAUCUCCUUAUUGGUGUGUCCUCUGACCGAGGCUUGUGUGGUGCUAUCCAUACAUCCAUUGCUAAAACCUUGAAGAACGAGAUUACCAACCUCUCAAAUGCAGGGAAAGAGGUUAUGGUAGUUGGAGUAGGUGACAAGAUCAGAGGCCUGCUUCAAAGAACACACAGCAACUAUUUCCUGCUGACAUUCAAAGAAGUGGGACGGAGACCUCCAAGCUUUGGAGAUGCUUCAGUCAUUGCUUUAGAGCUGUUAAACUCUGGGUUUGAAUUCGAUGAAGGCUCUGUCAUCUACAAUCGAUUCAGGUCUGUCAUCUCUUACAAGACCGAUGAGAAACCAAUCUUUUCCUUUGAAACUGUGGCUAGUUCUGGUAAGUAGGGAGCUAGAAACCACCAGUUACAU